AUAUUCAAUAAAUAUUUGGAUCGAUUGACUCAAUGAUUCUUUCUUCUCCUGCAUUCUAGAAGUGAGACAUUUAGUUUUAAAUCAGAGAAAAUUAUCUGGACAGGGCAUUGAGAAUGCCAACAUUGUCAGAGAGGAGUGGAACCAGGAACAUCCACGAGGAAAACAAGAAAAAGCAGAAAAACACCCAAAGUCUUUGCAAGGUUCUCAACAAGCAGAGCCUGAAACUUCUUCCAAGAACAGUGAGGAAUAUGAAAAGUCCCUCAAAACGGAUGAUUCUUCCACGGUUCAAUGGAGUGUUUCAAGAACACCAACCAUUUCUUUGGCAGGAGCAAGCAUGAUGGAGAUCAAGGAAUUAAUUGAGACUGAGUCAUUUAGCAGCUUAAACAUAUUAGACAGACAAAGAUCUCAAAUUAAAGGGAAAGAUUUAGAGGGAAGAAAGAAAAUCCAGAAGAGACGUAAGAAGCCCCCAGCAGAAGAGGAGGCAGACCCGGCGCUGACAGGCCCCAGGAGGCAGAGCGCCUUCUCCAUCCAGCUGGCCCUCAUGCCGCUUUUUGCCGGAUGGCAAACUGUCAUGAGUCGUGGCAGUGAGAAGUCUGCCAACAUUUUAGAUUGCCUUUUGACUUUAAAAACAGAAGUUCCGAUUAUGACCGAGGAGCAAAAGCAGGAUUUAAAUCCCCUGACCAUAAAGAUCAAGUGUGCUUCCUGCCUUCCGUCGCAGCCUGUGCCCACUCAGGAACUAGAGAGGCUGUGCAUGCCCGUGUACUGCAAGUACCAGUUCCAUAAGACACCAGUUCACAAGACCAAGGGGGAGCCCCAUGGAACCCACGUUCAUUUCCAGGACAUCAAUGUCAUCUUCCUUGGGGCGCUGCACCCCAGUGACCUAAGGGAAUACCUGGAGGGCCCCCCCAUGGUGGUGGAAGUUCACGACCGGGACCGCAAGUCAGAGGAGUAUUCUCGGAAGCCUGUGCUGUUUGGGGAGGACCCACUGGAUUCAUACCUCAACUUUCAGACCCUCAUCUCUCCCAGAGAGACAGAGAACAACCCCUUUGAGUCCCAGAACAAGAUGUGGUACCCUUAUGGGAUUGCCCGGGUCAGUUUUGCUGACCUCCUCCUUGGCCACAAGUACUUGAACCUGGCCGUCCCCAUCCACAGCUGUGAGGUUCAGCCCACACAUUGCAGCCAGAACAGUGGGAGGAGGAAGAUUGUGGGGCUUGGGGUCCCAAGAGAUGGCCGCCAGCACAGCCCAAUGCCCAUGGGCAACUACCUCGAGGCUAACUCCCAGCUCAAGCUGAGAGUGGACAUCGCGGUGCCACUGAGGGCUGGGGCCAGAGCCGUGGAUCCCGACCUCGGGGACUCCCAGUUUGGCCGCAUCAUCUUCGUCUUCGACUUCAAGAAGGUCUCCCUGCUGCACAGCCUGCUGCAGGACGUCACCAUGAUCAACGCCAAGGCCCUCAGCCUGGACUCCUACCCCAUCGGGACCCUGCAGCAGAUCCUGUCAGCCUUCAGGAUGCGUGUGCGGGUCCAGGAGCAGCAGCACCUGGAUGUGCUCACUGGCUUCCAUCUGCUGGAUGGGAAGACCCACCUUUUUGUCCUGGAAGGUCUGGCCGACCAAGGCUUGAGGCAGCUGUGGGAGAGCCACCAAAGCUGGAUUCCCAGGUCAGAACACGGGAAAUACAAGGUGCUGUACAACUCACGGCUGCUGUUCCGCAGCCGGCUCUAUGGGGACCUGGAGGCCCUCCUGUACCAUGUGCACCUCUUCCAGCCCACGGAGCUGCUGAUGCAUCAGGCGGUGCUCUUCCUGCGAGAUGCGAAGUGGAGGCGGGUCUUCCAGGCGCUGGCCAGGAUCCACGACAUCUGCCAUAACAGCACCACCCUCCAGGACGUGACGGUGAGAGACCUGCUGCCCUCCUCUGCUAUGAUCAAAGACUUGAGCCAAGAGUUUGGAAUGCCCCUUUCGCAAGAAGAACUCACAGAUGAGAAACUGUUCACCCUACCACCUCAGCCUGCCCCCAAUCUUGAGGACUACAGUGGUCGGAAGUCCACCCUCACCUUAGAGAUCCAUGCCCACCAGGAGAAGUACCUGCAGUGGCGGAGUGCCAUGCUGCUGAAGAACAAAGACAAAAAGCACAGCUUCCUCCAGAAAAAUAUCACAGAAGCCUACCAGGUCAGCAAGAAGCCUCCAAAGUCCAUGGCAAAGGUGAUUAAGAUUGCAGCCCCUGCAGACAAGACCAUCUACAACUAUAGUAUUCAGACCCUGAAUUCUACAGAUCUUGCCAAAAAGGAGCUGUAUAAAGAGAUGGCCAAGGAGCCAAGAAAGAGAUUCACGUACUCACAGAAUUACCUCUCAGCCAUGGUGGAGCCCCUGGACUUGAAGGAAGAGGAAAAGCAAGCCCAGAAGAAAUCCCGCCAGGCCUGGCUGACAGCCAGGGGAUUCCAAGUGACAGGUCUUCAAGGCGACACUGAAAGCAGCUUUCAGCAUCUCAAACUGCCGCACAUCAAAGAGCUGAAUGAGGAGUGGAAGGAAAACUCCAUGUUUGCUAACGUACUGGAGCCUGUGUUGGAUCGAGACAGGUGGAGCUGGGACAGGCGCCACGUGGACUUUGAUCUGUACAAGAAGCCACCACCUUUCCUCGAGCUGCCCCCUUCGCCUGCACCGAAGUCUGUUAACAGGUAACAGGCAAAGCUUUGCCAGGCUGGGCCUCCCGAUGCUGUGGGCAGGCAGGAGCUGUGCCAUUCUGCAACUUCAGCGGUAUCUACUUUGUUCACACUAUCAACCAAACUUUCUAUGCUAAAAAAUCAAGAUGCAGAAUGGGUCUGAUAGAAGAGAUUGAAAGCUGGGCUGGAACUCAGACCAGGAUUCUAGUCCCAGGUGUGACAUCUGUGUGACUUCAGGUAAAUCCCUGCAUGCCCUGGGCCUGGUUUCUUGGCUAUAAAGUGGGGAAUUUGGAA